AUGAUGCAAGCGGACGAGUCCAUGCUUGAUUUGAACGAAGACGAGCGUGAGAUUGUUGUUGAUUGCGGUUUGCUAAUUGCGCCCAGUGCCUCUGGACGAGCCAUCGAAAGCCCUCAGCGGUCCGUUCGCCCCCGCCUUGCUAGCGACUCUGGAGCAGCAAUGCCGCUCAUUCUUCAGGUACCUGCAGUCUGGCGUGCAACCUUGCUGACACCCAGCUACGUCGAGCAGCGCAUGCUGCAGCAUAAGACGAUGGAGAUCGAACUCGACGAGAUUGUUGAUGUCGGCUCCGACAAGCGCGUGGCAGCGGCGGCCUUCUACAAUUGCCUGAUGCUGGCUACCAAGGGUAUCCUCAAAGUCCAACAGGAUACACACUUCGGCCCCAUCUCGGUCCGGAUCAAUGCCGAGGGCGACGACGAAGAAGAUGCGGAGGACAUCGCCAUCGAGGGCGGAGAGGAUGAUCGCGAUAGCCAAGCUGGAUCGGUGAUCCAGGAAGAGGAGGAAUACGACGACGAACCAGCGUAG